GACUCACGGACGACGCGUGAGAUCGAACGCAGUCAGUAGGGCGACGGGAGUACCGGGGUACUCUGCCCGUCGCGUAUUUCCAAUCGCCUUUAUACUUCACCACACCGUACUAUAGUGACAUAGUUCCUUACAUAACUAAAACAGUGAUGUGAUACUUCAUCUAAUACAACACUAAUAUUAGAUUCCUUAUAAGGAUCACUCGUGAGAAAAAACCGUACAGGUUGUCGUCCUUGCAUUCUAUAAUUAGUUUUUUUGUAUAAUACAAUACACAUUACAUGUAUUCUUCGUAGUUUUACCUGUUCAAAUUUAUAAAGAUAAGAAAUGUCUCGGAGAAGGUUGUUGGUGGGCGGAGCCGCUGGCGUCGCGGGUGCAGCGCUCGCCGCGUGGACGCUAGCAGCUGACGACUCGCCAGGACAAUGGUACAGACCGACAGUGUCAGCGAAAACAGAACGCAAGAAGCGUCCGCUACCGUCCCGAGCAGAACAAGUUGCGAACCUGCAAGCUGGCCACACGUAUGAUAUCCUCAUCAUCGGCGGAGGCGCCACUGGGGCAGGGUGUGCCCUGGAUGCCACCACUAGAGGACUCCGAACCGCCUUAGUAGAAGCAGACGACUUCGCCAGCGGCACAUCUAGUCGAAGCACGAAGCUCAUCCACGGCGGAGUGCGCUACCUUCAGAAAGCCAUCAUGGGUCUGGACUACGACCAAUACAAGAUGGUCAAGGAAGCCCUCCACGAGAGAGCAAAUAUGCUCGAAGUAGCGCCACACUUGACGAGGCCGCUACCCAUCUUGCUGCCAGUAUACAAAUGGUGGCAAGUCCCCUACUACUGGUUCGGCAUCAAGAUGUACGAUUUGGUCGCGGGAGACCGUAACGUGAAAAACUCGUACUACCUAUCCAAGAAAAACACCUUGGAACUGUUCCCCAUGUUGAAGUCGGAUAACCUUUGCGGCGGUAUUGUGUAUUAUGACGGCCAGCAAGACGACGCGCGCAUGAACCUCGCGAUAGCGCUCACAGCGGCACGGCACGGCGCCACCAUCGCCAACCACGUCAGCGUCACCAAGCUCUACAAGACCGGCGGCAAGCUAAGUGGCGCUAGAGUGCGGGAUGAGAUGACCGGCAAAGAAUGGGACGUAAAAGCCAAGUGCAUCAUCAACGCGACCGGACCGUUCACGGAUAGCAUCCGCAAGAUGGACGACGUCAACAUCAAGGAGAUAUGCUGCCCAUCGUCUGGUGUACACAUCGUGCUGCCCGGAUAUUACAGUCCCGAACACAUGGGUCUGCUCGACCCGGCGACAUCGGACGGGCGCGUCAUUUUCUUCUUGCCCUGGUUGAAAGGCACCAUCGCAGGCACCACCGACCUGCCGUGCCAGGUCACGCACAACCCCAAGCCUACUGAAGACGAGAUUCUAUUCAUCCUACAGGAGGUCAAGAACUAUCUCAACCCUGAUGUUGAAGUCCGACGCGGCGACGUCCUGUCCGCCUGGUCGGGCAUCAGGCCGCUAGUGUCGGACCCCAACAAACCCGACACGCAGUCGCUAGCCCGCAACCACAUCGUCCACGUAUCGCAAUCGGGACUCGUCACCAUCGCCGGCGGCAAGUGGACCACCUACCGCUCCAUGGCGAUGGAGACUAUCGACGCUGCUAUUGAAAGCGCGAGUCUGAAACCCCUGUUCCGCGAAUGCCAAACCGACGGGUUCCUGAUCGAAGGUGCCCACGGCUGGACGCCCACCAUGUACAUUAGAUUAGUGCAGGACUUCGGCCUGGAAAUGGAAGUCGCGCAACACUUGGCCAAGUCGUACGGCGACCGCGCGUUCGCGGUAGCCAAGAUGGCGGCCAUGACCGGUAAGCGGUGGCCCAUCAUCGGCAAGAAGGUGCAUCCCGAGUUCCCUUACAUCGACGCUGAGAUUCGGUAUGGUGUUCGGGAAUAUGCGUGCACAGCUGUAGACAUGAUCGCACGGCGCUUGCGUCUGGCCUUCCUCAACGUGCAGGCCGCGUCCGAGGCGCUGCCCGCCAUCGCUGAUAUUAUGGCCGAGGAGCUCAAGUGGAGCGACUCAGAGAAAGCCAGACAAAUCAAAAUGGCGAACGACUUCCUAGCAGCCGAGAUGGGCCAGAUGGUGAACCGGGCCAGCCGCGACAAGAUCCCCAUUAACCUGUCCAAGGACGAGAUCCAGACCUACAUCAAACGCUUCCAGAUCAUCGACAAGGACAGGAAGGGAUACGUCUCUAUCAACGACAUCAGGAGAAGUCUUAAGAGCAUGGGUUUGAGGCCGAGCGACGCAGAGAUUAGUUCGAUCCUGUCAGAGAUUGACGUCACGUACCACGGCCAGAUGGAGAUCCAGGACUACCUGCAGAUGAUGUCAGCCAUCAAGUCCGGGCACGUGGCGUACUCGCGGUUUGCUCGCAUGGCGGAAAUGGAGGAGGAGCAUCAUGAAAAGGAGAUCCUUAAGAAGAAAAUCACCGUUGAGAGGAGCGGCGGAGGCUUGUAAGCACGAUGAAAGAAAACGACAACACAUCGCAACAAUUAGGUUUAAGCAAAUAACCCUAAGUAUUAUUUUCUCAAUCAUAAUAUGAAGUAUCAUCUUCGUCAUAAUAUCAUAGUUCGUCCACAAAUAAAAUUAAUUUUUAGAUAUUUAUAGAAAAAUCAAUGAAAGACAUUGUUUGUUUCGGAAUUUUUUAUUUGUUAUAAAAUUAAAUGUAAGCUUUACAAAUCUGAUAAAAUCAUACAACUUUAAGAAUAUCUCAUUAAACACAAAUAGUUGUAUUAUUAGAAAUUAUUUAUUUAUAACUUAAUUUUGACACUAUAUUUUAAUUUAAGAUCAAAUGAUUUGAUAGCAUUGUGAUUUACGUUCUUGCAACGUUAAGAAUUUAUUUACGAAAUGUUGGUUCUUUUGAUCAUUAAAUAAUUUCAAUUUACACGUCAAUGUUAUACUAUGCCUUGUAUACCCUCGAUAUACAACAGCAGAAUAGAUUUGGGACUCCAUAAAAACACAACUUCAUUUUUUUAUUCUUUCCUCUUUUCACUAUUCCAUAACAAUAGUGGAUAUUAUUAUUUUUACUUUAUGACGUCAAAGCGAUUUUUGUUAUGGUAUACAAGGUAACAAGUACAUACAUUUAAUAUUUUACUAAAAACUUUUGGAAACUAUACACCUUGUGUUUAUUGCAAUAAAUCAGUUAUGUAAUU